GGGAGAAGACGAGUAACAGGAAUCUUUGCACACACCAAACUCUUUCAACAAACAAAAACCCUCUCACUUUCCCUCUCCCCAAAUCCAAAACCCUAAUUUUUCAACUCCGGCAUGGCAAACAAGCGCUCUCGUCCCGGCCAGUCACAAGAAUUCGACGAAAUUACACUCGUCAAUCCGUCGCCGGCGUUCCCGUUGGACGUUCACCGCUCCUCAUUCAUGCAAUCUAAUGCCAACCAGCAAUCUCAUCGCUACUCUGAGUCUCCGUCUCAGUCUCGGCAAAGUGUGUUUUCAGCUCCGUCGUCUCCGCCGCCGAAAGACCCCCGCGAUAAUGAGCCUUUUCUUAAACGGUGUUUUAAUUGCAAGAAGCUAUUAGAUCAUACUAAAGAUAUCUUCAUGUACAAUGACUCUCCUUUUUGCACCCAAGAGUGCCGCAAUGUGCGAAUUGCAAUUGACAAGGCAGCAGAGGAUGCGCUUAAAAAGGCUCCGAAAGCAAAGGCUCCAGCUUCAACUCCAAUUCCAAUUCCGAUUCCAGGUUCAGCUUCAAACAGGGGAAUGAUUAGAAUUCUGAAAGGCUUUCAGGAAUUUUGGCGGAAAAUGUGGCCCAAGACAAGGACAGAAUAACUUUACGUUUCAGUUUCUCAUUUUGAUGGACUUUCUUUACAGUUUGAACUUCUCUGCUCUGUAUGGGUUAGGCCCAUGGGUCAAUCUAUUUGUUUUUUCUCAAAGGCCCAUUAACAACAGGUCAUUAGAGGUUGAUUGCUUGAUGUAGACGUCACUACAAAUGAUGAGCCACCAAGGCACUCAACUCAAAAACCAAAAAAAAAACGAAAGGGAGGCCAGGCUAGGCGCUGAGAAAAAUGAAUCAAAUGAUGGAAAUGACAUAUUUCGAAUCUUAUUCAAGUGUGGGUAAUUUUGUUUUUUCAAUUUUAAUUAGGUUCUGCCUAAAAACCAAUGUAGAAAAAGAUGGGUUUGACUAUAAAAGAUUAGAUGGAGGGUAAGAUAGAAAUGCACGUGGAUUCCCUUAUUGAAGAAUGACAGAGUCUACACCUAAAUAUGAGAUCACACACUGUUAGUCAAUCUGUGAGUUGAAGAGGGUGUUGACUACACACCCAUACGACACCACGUACGCAUCCCUUGCUGUGUAUUAAUUCUGUUGUAGUGGAGUAUUAAUGAAUCUGUGAGAGUAAUAAACCCAGGAGUACUGUACUGACAGACAUGGCUUGUUUCACAAGCAAUGGUGAUUAAAAAAUGAAGAGGAGAUAAGCUUAAUUAAUAAUGUGACAUCACCUCUACAUAA